CCUCCACCCCUGCCACAGGAGUGGAGGGGUCAUGAGGCUGUGGCAGUGGGUGUGGGGGUGGGUGUGGCUGGUUGGGCUAGGAGCCACAGAAACAGCACCCAGCCCGGAGAGUGCCAAGAUCUUGGCCCCAGAAGCAGAGCCUCCGCUCUUCAUAGAUGGAACUGACUUCUUUGAUUACCCAGACUUGGACCAAGCCAGGCUCCUGGCACUGGCCCAGUUUAUUGGAGAGAGACCUGUCGUCUUUGAUAACUCAGCAGAUUCCAAGUCUGAGUUCUUCCAUCACAUCCUGGUGGGUGCUCUGGUACUGGCCUUCUUCUUCCUCCUUUUCCAGUUCUGCACGCACAUGAGCUGCCAGAAAGGGGCCUAAAGAGCUGGACAAGGGCCCUGCACUCUGCCAAGUGCCCAAAACUGCCCUCGUCUCCAGGUGAUGAAUAAACAUCCUUGCUUUUUU